AUGGUUGGCCUCACCUACCUGCUUCCUCCCGCUGCAGGGGGACCUGAGCAAGUCACCGGUCGGUCGGUGCCGAUGCCCCUGGGGAAGAUGACCUGCCUGCUGCCCGGGGUAGCCCUCUGCCUCCUGCUGGGGUCUCUGGCAGGGGCCAAGCCGGUGCAGGACGAAGGAGACCCCUACGCGGAGCCGCCGGCCAUGCCCUACUGGCCCUUUUCCACCUCCGACUUCUGGAACUACGUGCAAUACUUCCAGACGCUGGGCGCCUACCCCCAGAUCGAGGACAUGGCCCGCACCUUCUUCGCUCACUUCCCCCUGGGGACCACCCUGGGCUUCCACGUCCCCUAUCAGGAGGAGUGA